AUGCCCGCAGGCGAACACGCUGCCAAAGACAAAGGAGAAGUUCUCUUGAAAAAUUGCACGUUUGCCUGGACAGAAGGCCAGGGCCCCGAUGCCAAGUCACUGCUCCGCGGAAUUUCAAUGAAUGUCCAAUCAGGCGCUCUCGUUGGCGUAACCGGCUUUGUCGGAAGCGGCAAGUCGUCCCUGCUGGCGGCCAUCUUGGGAGACAUGCACCGUCUUGAGGGAAGCGUCAGAAUCUCGGGCAAGAUUGCAUACGUUCCACAGGUGGCGUGCAUUUACAACAUGACCGUUCGCGACAAUAUUCUGUUUGGUCAGAAGUUUGACCCCGACCGUUACGACAGCGUGCUCCAGGCCUGCGAACUUCUAAACGAUAUCUACACAUUCGCUGCUGGCGACCUGACCGAAGUUGGAGAAAAAGGCGAAACGUUGAGUGGUGGUCAGAAGCAACGCAUCUCCCUCGCCCGAGCGGUCUACAGUGGCCGCGAUAUAUACCUUCUGGACGACCCGUUCAGUGCCCUGGACCCCAAAGUGGCAGCUAAGGUCUUCGAGAAAGUACUGGGGCAUAACGGCCUUCUGAAAAAGAAGACCCGCGUCCUUGUGAGCAACCAGGGCAACUUGUUGAAGCACAUGAACAUCCUCAUUUUGAUGGACAAAAACACCCUUACCGUCUACCAAAGCCUCGAAGAGCUACUCCAAGACGAACGUGCUCCUAAGACUCUGAGCAUCGGGACGUCAGGCCUGGUAAAGCGUGGACCUGCCGAUAGUCAAACUCAGAAGUCACUAUUAGAGAAAAAUGAAUCAAAUGGACGACUUACCAAAUUGGAAUCACAGACGUCCUCCAAGGGAUCCUGGGAGGUCAUGUGGGCACUCCAUAAAUUUUCCGGUAUCUGUCUACCGGUGGCUCUGAUCUUAUUUAUCGCCAGUGCCGUCGCUCUUGCCUGGCAACUGCUCUGGAUCAAACAGUUGACGGACGCAAACACUCCUGACACCGACGAUGACUCCUCCAAUCUGAGCUGGCUCAUGGGUCUGAUAGGGCUCUGCAUUGCCGAUGGUAUGUAG